AAAUAAACGAAAACAUUACAGUAGGAUCAUCGGAAACUGGUUUCGAUUAACGUCACGUUCGUCAGUACUGAAACAAACAUGAGUUGGGUAACCAGGACAGUGCGAUCGGUGAUAAAUCAGCCGGUUCUUAUCACCGGCAGAGUAUCAGUAUUAUCAGUGAACCAGGCAUUUCCGGUCGUGCGUUACGCAAGCAGUUCUCGGAAUGUUGCAUCCAAGCCGUUGCUACAUAAAGCACCCGCAGUUGCCGAUGUGGGGAAAAGGUUGCAAGCCAUUUCAUCAUCCGUUAUCAAUCUGCACGAUAACAUCCAAUUGAAGAAGCGACCCCGACGACGCCGGGAGGAAGAAAUCAGCAAGCUUGCCAAGGGCUACUUAACGGUGACGGCCUUCGCGACCGCCGAGGAGUACGACCUGGAACGGCUGCUUGGCGCCCUGAAGGACCAGAACCUGUACGAACCGAAGCAGUUUCUUUCCAGCGAGGAUAACGAUAUCGAUCCGGAUGUGCUGCAUGUCACGGCCAAGUACAAGGUCGGGGACGAAUCACGGGACGUUUACUUUUUCCGUGAAGGUACGGUUGUGCUGUGGAAUUGUACCGAUUUGGAGAACAACAAUAUCCUGAGGUUUUUGAAGCAAUUUGAACAGGAUUCCUACGAUGAGUCCACCGUUCUGGAGGAAAGCGAAGCCAUGUUGUACAACGCGAUCGACGGCCCUGCCCGGUUGAAGAACAACAGUUUCUACAUUUCCACCAAUGAUGAUACCGAUUUGGAGAAAUACACCUUUUCCAAUGCCAUGUCACUUUCGGUAAAGCUUGGUAUAUGGGAAGCCUCUCUCGAACGAUACAUCGAAUCGAUGGCCUACGUCACGGAUGAUUUGAAGAAGGGGAACAAAAUAACGAUAUCCCGACCAGAGAUGCUCCGGAAAACUGGCGAACUUUUCGCCUUGCGACACCUAAUCAAUCUGAGCUCUGAUCUUCUGGACGUUCCGGAUUUCUACUGGGACCGCGAGCAGUUGGAGACUCUUUACCAGCAGACGUGUUCAUAUUUUAGCAUUAACCGACGGACACGGGUCAUGAACGAAAAGUUGAACCACUGUGUGGAGUUGGCAGACCUAAUCAGUUCGAACUUAAAUGACAAACAUCACGUUAGACUGGAAUGGAUGAUCAUUAUUCUGAUCAUGGUUGAGGUGGGAUUUGAGAUUCUGCAUUACGUUGAUAAGUUUACGUAAGUUCAUUGAAUAAAUUGUUAUCCUUGAAGUCCAA